GUCCAGUGCUUGGAGCAACAGAACAAGGUCCUGACGACAAGGUGGAACUUCCUGAAGGAUCAAGACAAUUCCCACUCAGAGUCAGACAUCAAGGCCAUCUACGACCAGUACAUGAGCAAGAUGAAUCAAGAGAUGAAGGCGCUCAACUACGAGCAGGAUAAUCUCGAGUCAGAGCUGACGAGGGUCCUGGACACCAUGGAUAACUUCCGAAGCAAAUACGAGGACGAAAUUCGCCUCUGCAGUGGCAUGGAGUUCACCUUCAUGGAGCUCAAAAAGGAUUUAGACGUAAGCACCUUGCACAGAACUGAGCUGGAGGUCAAACUCAGCGGGCUCCGAGAGCUGAUGGAGCUGAAAAAAAACAUCUAUGAGCAGGAACUUGAGGAGCUGCUGACAGAAAUUAAGGACAUUUCUGUCGUACUGGGAAUUGACAACGCGUGCAAACUGGACCUGAGCAGAAUUGUGGAAGAAGUGAGGGCCCAGUACGAAGCCCUGGCUUUUCGGAGCUGGGAGGAGGCUGAGGCACUUACCAGGAGAAAGCUCACUGAAGGGAACACCCAGUCGGGCACCUACGGGAGCCACCUCCUCGACAGCCGACGGGAGAUCGCAGACCUGAACAUACAGAUCCAGAAGCUGAGGUCCUGCAUCGUGUCCCAGAAGAGCCAGUGCCUGUACUUGGAGGAGCAUAUCAAAGAGGCCGGAGAGCACGGCGAGACUGCCCUCAGGGAUGCCAAAGCCAAACUGGUCAAGCUAGAAGAAGCCCUACAGAAGAGCAAGGAGGACAUGGCUCAUCUGGUGAAAGAGUAUCAGGAGCUGAUGAACAUCAAGCUGGCACUGGAUGUGGAGAUCCUCACUUACAGGAAGCUGAUGGAAGGGGAAGAGAGCAGCAUGGAGCAACCCAUACCCACCGUGAUCAGCACCGUCCACUCCAGACCCAAGCACCUUUCUGCCAGCACCCUGAGGAACUCCAGGCUGUUUGCAAGAACAGGCAGCACCAACGGCGAGACGAAGCCGAACGGGGGCAUCGCAAAGGUGCCACCCCAGAGAAGCCCCAGGGACAGCUCCUCAGUGCCCGGAGGUGAUGCCUCCAGUGGCGGUGCCCAGCCCAAGCUCAGCUCCCCACCCGCCGGGGGACACUCCUAG